GCCUGGGACCUGCUCCCUCUGGGGUCGAGCGUCACUGCCAAUCCCUCUGCCGUCAUCAGCGAUCAUUUCGUGGCCUGCCUACCUUAAGGUAACUACGCUGACGCUUCUUUACCCUCGCCUGUUCCUUUCUCCCUCCCACCUGCCAAUACGACAAGCAAUUUCUCUCCAGAGUACAUCAAAGACAUUCACCACAAAGCAGUCGAGAUCCAGAACGUCGUCAAAAUGCUGCACAGCUACCACCUCUCCGUCUUCCUCCAGCUCUUGCUGGCCAUCUUCGCCUUUGCGGCCCCGGUCGCCGACGAGGUUUCGACCACGGCUGCUGACCCGUGGCAGUACGGCACUGGCGGCGGCAUUGUCGGCUUCAUCGUUCUGGUCCUCGAUAUUAUUGUCUGGAUCGAGGUCCUCAAGUCUAACCGCCCCGUCAGCCACAAGCUCCUCUGGUGUCUCCUCGUCUUCCUCUUCCCCAUCGGUGGCAUCAUCAUCUACUGGCUCUUCUCCAACCGCGCCGCCCACAACAGUGGCGGCUACGAGCCUCUAUAAAAGCGUGCACACACACUGUGUGCUCGCCCCAGGAUUUGCAAGACAUUGGAACCUCGUGUGGUGAUUCCCGCCACUCAAAGAUGCCAGGCAUUGUUUGGUCCUACGACAUCCUACGUCCAAGUCCGAGUCCUCGGGCUGCUUCAUGAAGUAUCAAUCGUGGCAAGGAUUGUAGAGAUGGAGUAGGAAGCGCAAGGUUGCGCAUGAGUAGCAUAUUGGUGUUGUAUAUGUUCUGGGUGUGCAUGACUGAAUUUCCUUGAUGGGAAAUUGGUUGAGGAGACGAAGGAUCUGUUUCUACGCACAACGACUUGAGCAAAAUGAUUGACAGCAGCUAUCAAAUCUUCAAUGCGCAUUAAAUCUACCUGCCGUUUCCAUCCUUGUACAUGCAGUGCACGUUAUGAUCAACCACACGUGACAUGCCUCAGAGUGGACUGGCUUGUUGAACAUCACAAAUGACAACAGUCCGCCCGAAGAG